AGUCUUUGGUUCCAUUGGAGUUGCCGUCGGGCAAAGUGCGUGCAGGCCAAUGGCCCGGCGUUUUUGCAGCCCAUGGAUGCUGCCGGUGGCGCUAGUGCAGGCCUUCUUCAUGAUCACUUUGAGUGGCAUUUGGCUUUUCGGCUUCGGUCUGUUUUGGACCUUUAUGGUAGUUGAACUGCCCAAGGACCUGGGCCCCUACAGCCAGAUGAGCUCGUUGUCAAUGUUCCUGCAUGGCGCUUUCCCUAUGCGAGACACAAACGAUGUCAAGUACGAGUUCAAGUUCGACCACGUGUUGAUCCUGGCUAAUGUCAUGGUGCUUAUGAUGAUGGGCUGGGCACCGACAAGGUCAGAAAUUGAAGAGGAGGAAGAUGAGGACCUGGCAAAGGCGAGUAAGAAGACAAAGGCAAAAAAGCUUGCGAAAGCCUUGGGAUGAAGGGUCGACCUCCGUCCCACCGUAAGUGUUUCACACGGAGACUGCCGUGGAGGACGUGCAUGGCAGGAAGUGCAGUGAUGUGGUGUGCAAUUUGUCAGGUUCACCACAAGGACCCUCACUUGUGGUUGUACAUUGGUGUGUGUGGACCAGUUGUGCCAUUUUGCCUCCAGGUGUUGAAACCUAGCCCCAGAAGAUCAUCAUACAUCAUCUAAAAUCCAAUUGUGACUCAAGAACGCCAGCAGCUCAGAAAGGAGAACUUUUAGACCGCCAAAGUCUGCGAGGGCACAGAUGGUGCUCAAAAGAAUCUCCUAUUGCUUCACAAGCAGUCGAAGCUCUCAAUCCUCAAAUAACCUUGAAGUC